AUGCUGCGACAGAUACUCUCUCCCUCGCCGGAGUCAGGAGAGUACGGACUGGGUGGCUUUUGCACAUAUCUCCAGCCGUCAGUCUUCACGAGUCAUUCAUCGACGAUGUUGUCCUCGACUCUGCAGAUGGCUCCUCCUCCGCCCCUGACUCAUCUCUCUGUCAUGUAUCCGGAACAGCCCGUUCUCCACGAGCACGUACAGAUUCUCACAGAGUCGUACUCGUGUCCAAACUGCGGUCUCGAGUUUCGCAGCUUUCUCAAGCUGAACUAUCACAUUCGUACGAGUCAUGCUCUGCGCGACGAGGACAUUGACGAUAAUCGCGACAGCGGGAAUCAGCAGUCUAGGUACACUUGUCAGGUUUGUCCGCGAACAUUUCUCGCUCAGAGUCAUCUGCGAAUGCACGAGAUGACGCACACCGCCUCACCGAUAACGUCUUCGUUGGCGUCGAAUGCUAGCGCCUCAUCGACCUCCUCGUACGUUCAAGCUCAAGCGCAAGCUCAAGCUGUAAGAGCAACAAGUAACGAAAAGACGUUUGCCUGCAAUCAGUGCCAGGCGACUUUUCGUUAUCGUACUCUUCUCGAGCGACACCGGAAGAUGCAUGAAUCCGGACCGGAUAAACCGUACUCGUGUCCCCGAUGUUUGAUGCGUUUUGAGACUAGAAAUCUUUACAAUCAUCAUGCGAAAACGCACAAACCCAGUCCUGAUGCCGGGGGUGGCGGCGGCGGUGGUGGCGGCAGAGCAGUUGGUACGAUUGCUAAUGAUAAUUCGGGAAAUUUGAAUAAUACUGCGUCGUAUCCGUGCGACGCAUGUGCGAAGGAGUUUGCAACACCUGAAUUGCUCAAUACGCACAAGGCGGUUCAUAGGUUGAGACCUUUGAUUUGUGAUGUGUGUGGUAAGGGAUUUACUCAUCGUAAGUAUUAUGUGGUGCAUCAGCGUAUUCAUACGGGCGAGAGACCGUAUCUUUGCGCGAUGUGUGGUAAGUCGUUUACACAGGCGUCAACGCUCACGGUUCAUCGGCGAUAUCACACGGGUGAGCGGCCCUAUACCUGCACAUUGUGCGGAAAGGGAUUUGUGACGCGUACUAUUAUGCUCAAUCACAUGAAGAAGCACUGA